AUGAUGAGGUCCUGGGUUUCGCUCUUUCUUUUGCCCCUGACGACGAUGGUCGGGGUCACCAUUGCCACUUCUGACUACACCGGAACGGAUUGCAACCCCCUGAACAAGACGACAUGCAGUCCAGAUCCUGCCCUCGGAACCGAGCACACAUGGCUGUUCAACUCGACUCUUGACACCGACCUCUGGGACAUGAGAACGGGAACUCUAGACUAUACGCCCGAAGGAGCCGACUUCUCCAUGAAGACCGAAAACUCCUCAACUCUCCUAGUAUCCAACUUCUACAUCUUCUUUGGCGUGAUGGAAGCACACGUCAAGAUGGCGAAGGGAGCCGGCAUCAUCAGUAGUGUUAUCCUGCAAUCUGACGACCUGGAUGAGAUUGACUGGGAGUGGGUUGGUUACAACACGAGCGGAGUGCAAUCCAAUUUCUUCGGCAAGGGAAACGUCACCACGAGUGACCGCGGCGGAAAACAUGCGGUUUCAAAUGCAGAUACCGAGUUCCACAACUACACCUCGUACUGGGAUAAAGACCGUCUGGAAUGGUGGAUUGAUGGUGACUUGGUGCGGACAGUGCACUACGACGAGCCGUUGACGGUAUAUGGCAAAAACUACCCCCAAACACCGUGUCAGGUCAAGGUUAGCAAUUGGCCGGUUGGAAUUAAGGGACAGACGCUGGGCAAUCUCGAAUGGGGUGGUGGUUUUGUUGACUGGUCCGAAGUUCCAUUCACCAUGACUGUAUCGAAGAUGCGCGUUCAGGAUUUCCACACCGGAAAAGAGUACAGGUACAACGGGACCACGGGCACCCGGGAGAGCAUCGAGGUGAUUCGGUGA